AUUACCUUUGGAAACUUGCUGAGGUGUUUCUCCUGCAGGAUGCACGUUUUCUAAGACCGCGUUCGCCGUUUUCGCUGCGGGAAAGACACGUUACAGCACUGUGUGUGUGUGUGUCUGUGUGAGUGAGUGUGCGUAUGCGUGUGCGUGUGGGCACACACACACACACAUAAUCCAUGGAGAACCAGGCGGACGACCAUCCGAGCUACGAGGACGUGCGGAAGAGCGGCUACCUCCGCAAGCCCAAGUCCAUGCACCGGCGCUACUUCGUGCUCCGGACGGCCUCGGAGCGCGGCCCGGCCCGGCUCGAGUACUACGAGAGCAAGAAGAAAUUCCGCGGCAAGGCGCCGGUCCCGAAGAAAGCCCUGGUCCUGGAGACGUGCUUCAACAUCAACAAGCGGGCCGACGCCAAGAACAAGCACAUGAUCGUGCUGUACACCCGGGCCGAGAGUUUCGCCAUCGCCGCGGACAACGAGGCGGACCAGGACGAGUGGUACCAGGCCAUGGUCGACCUGCAGUGCAAAAGCAAGACCCCCACUGACAGUGGGGCAUCGGGGGACUAUGGGGUGCCUAACCCGGGGCCAGCCUUCAAGGAAGUGUGGCAGGUGAAGGUGUGGCCCAAAGGCCUGGGCCAGGCAAAGAACAUAGUUGGCAUCUACCGCCUCUGCCUGACUGACAAGACGGUCAAUUUCGUCAAGCUCAACUCGGAUGCUGCCGCUGUGGUGCUGCAGCUGAUGAAUGUGCGACGCUGCGGACACUCGGAGAAAUUUUUCUUCAUGGAGGUUGGCCGGUCUGCAGUAACGGGGCCAGGAGAGUUCUGGAUGCAGGUGGAUGAUUUUGUGGUGGCCCAAAACAUGCAUGAGACCCUGUUGGAUGCCAUGAAGGCCCUGAGUGAGGAGUUCCGCCAGCGCAGCAAGUCCCAGUCCAACUCCGGACCAGGAGGAGGCGCCACAGCCUCCAACCCUAUCAGUGUUCCCUCACGCCGCCACCACCCCAACCCACCUCCCAGCCAGGUAGGCUUCACCCGUCGGCCCCGCACAGAGCCUCCCGGAGGAGCAAACGGUGCUGGAGGGGGCAACAGUGCCAGUGCUUCACCCACCCCACGGCACAGCUUCCCAAGGUCUCGCACUGCCAGUGAUGGGGGAAAGGGAGAAGAAGGAGUGGGUGGAGGCACGGCUCUCCCAGGCCCAGGCUCUAGCCCCUCCACAAAUGGCUCCUGCUCCACCACCCCCAUUCUCAGGUCUAAAUCAGCCCGCUGUGCCUCCACCACAGCUGCUAAAACCUCCCUUGGCCUGAUGCGCUCCAUCUCCACCCCAACACCAUCUCCAGCCCCAAGCCUCUCCUCCAGCUCUGGUCAUGGUUCUGAUUUUGGAGGGGUGGCAGCCUCUGCUGGUACUGGGGGGGCUGCCUCCUGUUCUUACAGUCGUGUGCCAUCCCAUUGCACCUCUAUCUCCGGCUCUCCUAGUGACUAUGGCUCCUCUGACGAGUACGGCUCCAGUCCUGGUGAGCAUUCACUCGUCCCCUCACCUAGCCUGCCUGGAGGCUCUGUGGGAAGUGUAGGUGGCCAGUCUAUUGGCGAGGAGGCUGCUAACUAUAUUCUAAUGGGCCAACGUGGUUCUGGUGGUGGUGCUAGUGAAGGAAGCUCCCCAUCCAGUUCCUUGCCAACCUCUGGAACCUCCUCUCAGCCCCAGACCAGGAGGGUGCUGCGUCGCUCCUCCAGCCGGGAAUGUGAAGCUGAGCGAAGGCUACUGAGCAAGCGGGCCUCUCUACCUCCUAUGGCCCUGGAGAGGCUGGCCCCACGCCCACGCAGAGCUGAGGAGCCACCAGAAGAAGACUCUGCCGACUAUGCCAUCAUGUCACGCAGCACUAGCCGCGAGUCCUUCACUUCCUCCACUUCCUCUUACAUACCGCGAGACUGUGUUUUGGUUGUCGGGUCAACAGGAGGAGGUGGGGUGUAUCUGGAUGUAGCAGGGGAGUUCAAAGGUGAAGGAGGAGGCGGCGGCAGAGCUGACAUAGGGGUGGAUAAUGGCUACAUGUCCAUGCUGCCCGGAGUUACUCAGCCACUCUCAUGCCCCCUCUCACACUCCAUGGCUGUCUCAGUCCCCGACUCCGAGUCCAAACCGGCCGAUGACUACAUGGCCAUGACCCCCAACAACAGUGUGUCCCCACCACAGCAGAUCCAUCCCCCACCAGGUUCUGAUGGCUACAUGAUGAUGUCUCCCAAUAGCAGCUGCUCACCUGAUCAGAGGGGCGGUCUAUCUGGAGGGGCUUGGGUGGGCAGCAGCAGUGCAGAUAGCAGACCUGGCAGUGACUACAUGAACAUGUCACCAAUCAGCACUCGCUCAGCAAAUGGCAGCCCCCCUCCCCCAGAGCAUCCCACUCAGUCAGACCCCCACCCCCACACUCAGCAGCAGCAAGCCCCCAAGAUGGUGUACUCCUACUACUCCCUGCCUCGGUCCUACAAACACAACCCCACCAUAGGGCCCUUUGAAGAGGGGUCUAGCCGAGGCAGGAGACCCAAUGGAAGCGGUAGCAGGGGACUAGGUGGAGGGAGGGCAGUAGGAGGGCGUCAAGAGCAACCAGCAGUGGGAGGUUCAGCGGCGGGACGCCACCUGUCGCUCUCCUCCUCCUCCUACUCCUCCAGCUCAGCCAGCAGUGAGAGCCUGGGGGAAAGCGAGGAUCGAGCUACCCAAGGAAUGAACACCUCAGCUGGGGGGAGUCAGUCCAAAGACGGGGGUGCAUUACAGCAGAGACGGGUCUCUGGAGGUGUGUCCAAGCAGGGUAGCCAUACCAGAAGCAGACCGGUAAGCCUGUUUGUGGACGUGUCCAAAGCUAACACUCUCCCGAGGGUCCGGGAGAAUCCUCUCCCUCCAGAACCCAAGAGCCCAGGGGAAUAUGUCAGUAUUGAGUUUAAGGGGGAGAAGUGCAACCAGGCUGGAAUUGGCGGUGGUCGUGGUCGGGGCCUCAGACACGGCAUGUCACUGCCUCACAGCUCCAGUAGCCAACAGCCACAACACAGGCCAAGUUCCUGCUUAGGGAACUUCCUACCUCUUUCCCGUAGCCCCUCUGCCCCCAUCACUCCUCCGACUGCCUCUGAAUAUGUUAACAUGGACCUAGGCCCCUCUCCGUCCCCCUCACCUCUCUCCCUCACCCCCCUUGGAUUCCCCUCCUUUCACACCCCUCCCACUCCCACGACUCUAGCCCAUGCCCCCAAGGUGCGGGACGAGAGCACGGCUGAGUCUAGUGAGGAAGGAGCAGAAGCGGCAGAGGCAGCUGUCCGGAAAAGUCGAGAGAGUGUUCCAUCGGUGAGUGAGUCUGAGUCCCCAACUUCCUGUGGAGACUACACAGAGAUGGCCUUCAGCUUGAACAACAGCACCGUCCCAAAGUCAUCGUCUAGUGUCUCCCCCAAGGCCCCCUCCCCUACCAGGGCAGACCCUUCUGUUCCUGGACUGACACUGGGUCUAGACUUUCCCCUUACCAAACAGGGACCCAACCCAGACCAUGGGGCUAAAGUUAUCCGGGCUGACCCCCAAGGACGCAGACGACACUGCUCAGAAACAUUUCUGGCAUCUCCCUCUCUGCCAACAUCCACCACAUCUUCAACUUCAUCCACCUCCACUGCCUCCCUUUUCCCAGAACAUGCCCAAGCCAUGGCCCGCCGCUUGGGCUUUGAUGGUAUGCUGUGGGGGAAUGGCGCUGCAACUGACUCAUCUUCUCAGUUAAUCAUCCCCGGGCAGCCAUCUCUACCUAAUGUCCCAGCUUCAUCUUCAGAGCAAGGCCUCAACUACAUAGACUUGGACUUGGCCAACAAAGAGAGCCCCCGUCAUUCAGGUCUGGAUGGGCCCUCAGGUGGCCAGAUUGCCACCUCACGCCUGUUCUCAGCGCUAGGUGGGGGUUCUGGGGUCGGGGGUCAAGGGGUUGGAGGUGUUGGCUCCAGCCUCAAUACAUACGCCAGCAUUGACUUCUACAAGUCAGAGGAGCUUCGGACACAUCAGAAUGGAAACAAAGAGGGCACAGAGUGCUGAUGUCAGUGCCCCGUCCUUGAAACCACAGAUGGGAAAAGAAAAAUCUGGUACUACACUCGGGAGAGCUCCUCCUCCUCCUCCUCUGCGUGUGACCACCAAUCACAGUGAGCGAGGAGCUCGACUGGAUACCUGGACAUGCCCCCCAUCACCCCCUCCCCAAGCACUUUGACAAGAUUGACUGGAGGGACGUUCAAUUUGGUUGCUGUCAGAGCUAAUGGGGGUGGGUGCCAAAUGAAUUU